UGCUUUCGACCUCUCAGGGCUGUCGACGUCUAUGUAUAAUUCUCUGGAUGCAACAUACGCCGCAGAGCUUUCCCCUCUCGGCCUCGGAUAUCCACUGUGGCAGCCGUCGGGGCCGGUAGAUGAGCUCGAAGUUGAGCUGGGCGAUGUUGGCUACAUCCAUGACGGUAGCUUCCACUAUAUUUUCAAUGCUUUCAGACCGGCGACCGAUCUGAGGAAUCAGAAGUGUGGUGUCCCAGAUGAAUUCGUCCCACUGUUCGUAGGGAGCAUCCCCGCGUUGAGUUACAGAAAUUACAUAGAACCAAAGCGCGUAUUUCACACCGGGUCGGUGAAGCAAAUUGAUGCAGGCGACAACUAUAAAACCUUCGAGUGCGCAGGGAAGCGGGGCCCGGGCGCAGUCUUAGUCCUUGAGCAAGGGGCACUGCGCCACACGACACGGACGGAUCGUCGCGUAACGACCUACGUACGGAACUACGUCAACACCUGGCACGAAUUCGUACUCUCCCUGGACUUGGAUUUGCGGUUGUCGGACAUACGCCUCGUCACGGGAUAUAUCAAGGCGCCGCAGUACGCCAUUGCACUCUGUCAAGCGGGCGAAGAAGCAGUCAAGUUCCGCUACCAGAGCAUUGACUGUCCCUCAGGGACAGACCCCUGGGAGCGGAUAGGAGGCGAGGGAGUCCCACACUUCCACUAUGGUCCUAAGACUCCGACAGACCCGCCACCUGCAAAUCAGUGUGUCUUUGUGAACUACUGUUCUGCCAGGCGUCGUCUCUUGAUACCCAUGCGCAUAGUAGCAGCAGCUGGCCCACACCGACCGCCGCCUGCGAAUGGCGACGACUGUAGCACAUGCAAGGCGGAAGUACAUAGACCGGUGUAUACCUCGGAUCCGUGUCUGGAACGUGACAUCGACGUGACACGUACCGAACAUAUACCUAUUGAUGAUGACCCGGGUUGGCCCCACGGACGCCAUGCUUCGAGGUGCAGGUCAAGUCUGAUAGUAGUUGCGUAUGAGGCGUCAGUAAACGCUCCAGCCGGUAUACCUCUACGUGGAUCUCUGGCGCCCUUGCGGGUUGGAGCACGCGACCGUGAGUUGAUCAUUGCACGGCUUCAGCCUUGAUUCGACUGAGAACGGUCUUCUCCACGUCAGUGUGCUCAAAUGCUGGGAAACAAGCGGAUGCCAACCGCAGCAACGCGCCGGCGACGGAGGUAACGUCAUCGACAAGUUCAAGUGUAGCCAAUCGACUCGUAGGAAAGUGGUCGCAUAGACAAUACGUCGCGGAGAGCGUGUCUGCCGUCGCACACGGCAGCGGUGUAGCCUCUCACAAUGCUUUGUGAUCCUGAAUUGGUGCCCCUCUCUGUAUCAUGAUUGGGUCACGGUGUACGCCCGGCCAUAAUAUGGACUAUUCUUCGGAUUUUCUGAAGACAUCUUGUGUAUCCUUCGCAGUUGUAGCCGGUAUUUGUGGAAUGGGACAUUGGGAGGGUAUCUAGCCUGUUGUAGCGUGUUGGCCAUCGUAUAGACAUUUUACUUGAAGUAGCGACUUGCAAUAC